UACAAAUUUGUGCGAAAGAAAAAUCAAUGAAAAGUCUGAACAGUGUGGCUGCACCAAUUUGCGGCUCCAUAUCUGUGCACACACAUGCUGUGGCCAGGAAUCCUGCAUAAAUAAUACUGUACUGGCUGCGUGGAGGUCCAAGAGCUCUUGAGUUAUAGGUGUGAGCCGACAUAGGUGUGAGCCAACUUACAUGUGGAAGGCUAGAGAGGUGGAGUGCAUACAGACUGGAUUUCGUUUACGGAGAUUUUUCAAUUUAAAAAGUUGAGGUUAUCAACACUGGCUGCUGAAGACCGAAGAAGUAUUCUCAUCAUCAAGUGGACAGCCACGCUCAAGUGUACCCAGAUCUGAGUGGGUCAGGCAUCCGGAUUCCACAGCUGGAUUUAGAUGUAAAAAAUUGGACAAUGUCGGAAAAUUCAGUGUCGCCAAACUUUGUUGAAUUAUUUGUACGCUCUGGCAAGGACGGAAAAUGUUACGGGGCAUGUCCAUUCUGCCAGAGGAUUUUUAUGAUACUGCUAUUGAAGGCAAACGGUGAUGCCCUGACCUUCAGGGUCACGACUGUUAAUCCAAGCAAGACGCCGCCAGAGUUCAAGUCUAUCUCAAACCGUCUGCCGACGCUGGUCCACGGCACAGAGGUCAUCAAAGACAACCAGGAGAUAGUUGAUUACAUCGACGAACAUUUCCCCAAACCGUCGCUGGCGUACAACAGCCAAGCCGCCGAAGAUGUCACGUUGCAGGUCUUCUCCAAGUAUACGUUUUUCUUAAAAGAUGUGGCACUCUCCCCCGUUGGUUUGCAGACUGAACUUCAGAAGAUUAACGACUACCUGGAGUCGGUUGGAACAAAGUUCAUGUGUGGGGACUACCUCACGCACCUUGACUGUAUGCUUCUGCCAAAGUUACAACACAUCCGCGUUGCAUCGCAAGCUUACAAAGGGUACCAGUUCCCACGGGAAUUCAAACAUCUCUGGCGUUAUCUGCACAAUGCUUACCAGAGCGAUAUCUUCAAGAAAACGUGCCCUUCCGAUCAGGAGAUCAUCUAUCAUUGGAUAGACAAAGCCGACUCCGCAAAACUUCGUAAGGCUGAACAGGAGCCGAAAUAUGGCCAGGAGGCACCGGCGCAGUAUAGCUGGGAAAUACCGUCUGGAUUGUCGCAGAUUUAACAGGAAUAUUUCAGUCAAUCCUUUUGUUAGUUUUCCCAAUUUAAACUGGGAAGGAUAGUGGUAAUUAUACAAGCUGCUGAAUAGGAUAUUCAAGAAGGAUUUGCUGCUGUUGAUGUAAAGAGGAAUAUGCAUGCGCUCUGAAUCUUUGCAUUUUGAAAGGCAUUUAAAUAUUCUGCUUUAUGGCUUAGGUAUAUCACUACUGAUGGAUUACGACAUCAGAUAUCCUGUAUGACAGCAUUUUAAAGAUUUUGAACAGGUUAGAAGAAAGACAACAGGAAUGUUAUACUGUGUGAAAUCAUUUUAUCUACCAACAUUGUGGCAAUAUCAUCUUGUCUUUUGUGGUGAGGUGAGGACGCUGGGCAUGAAUUAUAAGUACGCUGUGUACAAGUGUGUCAUAAGCCGACCCAGCUACACCGACAGGAAGAACAUUCCAGUUGCCCUAUUAUUUGUCAAAUAAAGUGGACAUGUGUUAAAACUUUUGGGGUACAGCCAAUUGAAAGACGCAGCCGAUUCGCAUUGAUUCAGAAGUACCCUGGGUAACAAGAAAGGUGCAAUUGACCGUGGGGGGGUAUACUCCUGGUUGUUUGUACACAGUGCAGUAUGUGCAACAUCUAUCUGGAAAUAAUCGGCUGUAGGUAAAAGUACUUGUGGGAUACUGUACUUUCAAAUGAUCGAUUGGAGGUAGAUGUGUUCCCAAUCAAAAUAGGAUCAAAGUUGCGAAGCAUGGACACACCCUGUGGAAGCGGCUGCAACUCCUUCAAGCAUCACCCACCUCUUGGAGUCAUGGCCAACCACCUCUCUGAGCAAAUCCAGAAGGAAGACCGCCCAUAAACAAGGUCAUUGUAUGGACCUUAAUACACCUAACUGGCAGCUUCCUCACUAUUGUGAGGCUAUGCCAGGACACCAAAGGAGAGCUGUGUUCAGGUUUUGAAACCAAUGUUGUAUCUCUGGUUUCAACAUUUGAGCUGUUAGGGUUAAUACAGUUGCGCACAUGGGAGAAACCGAAGCAUACAUUUCAACUGUAACAGCUCAAACACUGAGGCUCGGUGUCAAGAUUGGUUUGAAAGCUUCGUCAACGGUCCUUACAUAUAUGAGGGAUUUGAUUACAGUCCUUGGCUGGAUUUCCUCGGCGAGGUGUUUGGCCAUCACUCAAAGAGGUGGGAGAUGCUCGGAGAGAUGGCGGCUGAUGCUGAUUCCAUGAGAUAGGGCACUGGCUGUGUGACCGUGAGAACAAAGUCGUCCAACUACUUAAAGAUAUUUUAUCUGGAUUUGGUUUAAAAAGUCAAGUGGCUGAAAAGAAAAGCAUUUAAAAUAAUGCGUGUAAUCAAAGUAUUUUCUGAAACAGCUCUUGACUAUCAUAGUAAAGGGUUUGCAUACAAUUGUUGAGAAGGGCUGACACAAGCGGAAAAGUUUGCCUUUGAUAUUUUUAUUAGGUGCUAAUAAGCAAUACGUAGCUUUACAUUGUAGUUCUCUGAUAGUGUAUCUAUAGGACGGAAAAAGGCUGAGGUUUCUGACAUCAAUGGUCACAACCUUGUCAUUAUCCUUACUUGGUUGGGUAUUAAGAAAAUGGAUGGAAGAAAAAUGGAACAUGAAUAAUCUAAGCAGUCUUCCUCAUUGCCAGCAGAGAAGAGAUGAUCAUAACCAAAAGUCUUAUAUGUUUUUAAAAUACGUUAUGUGCUCGUGACUUCUUUGCUUAAGUUUAGAGGUUCAACAUUUUCAAUCUACUUUUUUAUGACACCAGAAAUGCAUCGCAGAUAUGACAAGUACUUGUAUACCAUGAAAUGAUAUGGAAUCAACCUUCACAAGUUAGCCAAAUAAGGCUGGAAAACCAACUUACUUAUGUACACUUUGGGGCGGGGGAUAAUUAAAAAGCGUCUACUCUAUCACUGGCGAAAAUGAUGAAAGUGUUGAAUCGCCCCUUUGGGAUCAUCAUAUACAAACAAGAUAUACAAAAUAAUCAAUCAUUCAUACCAAAAUAAACACAUCGACUAGCUCACCCUCAGGUGUUAGCUCAAUAAAAAAAUGUCCCGCAUCACCUGGCAUAAUUAGAAUUCUGCCAUGGGCCUGGACACUAGGUCCUUUGUUGAUAUAUCAGCCACAGCAGUGCCUCCAUACCAAGUACUGUACAUUUCGAAGAGCUAAGUUCCAUCUGAAUGCGAGCUUGUGGGUACUGUUGUUUGCUGUGGUGAAAUCCAUGUAUUUUAAGAAUAUGUUGUAUAUGGAGAGUAACACCCCCCCCCCCAGUUUUUUUUGUUUGUACAGUAUUUGAAGCUGAAGCACAAUGUACAGUUUUAAUAUAGUGCUUUGUUUUAUAUAGGUUUAUGGGACAGAGUUUUUUUUCCAUGAAAUGCUUCUAAAAACACUUUCAGUUUUUUUAAUAUUCUACUAUUCUACUCUGGUUCUGUAUGAAGGUUAUGUCAAAGUCAACCGUUGACACAGACAGCUGAGCUUGCUUUGUAACUAGAUUCAUAUACCCCUCUGCAAUCCGAAAUAUUAUGUGUGUGGAAUGCCAUCAAAUCAAUGCCUUUAUUCAAUUUUUACAAUGUAGAGAGUCAUAGAAUUUUAUAUAGGAAGUAUUAGUACACAUGCUUGCACAUUGACCUGUAUGACUUCGAUGCGUUUAAAAUAAAACAUUGAUUUCUCUGUGGGUGUUGCCCUACUCGUAAGCAUCCAGCCUUUCAAAGAGAAGUCAGGAAAAAGAUAAAUGCUUUUGAAUUUGCAUACUAUUUCCACUGUUGAACAUUCAUAGAUUAUGACAAUGUGCAUCCGAUAAUUCUGUUUUAGCUAUUGUGUGUGGAUUUGUCGACUGCUGCGAGGUGCCCUUGCAGUGUAUAAAGUGUUUCCUCGAAACGUUACUCCCUCCAAUGUGGCAGGUUAGCAAUAAGAUAUAAAUAUGAAGUAUGAAUGAAAAAUAAAACAGAAGAUGAGGUAUGGUGUGGAAUUUUUGAUUCGUCCAUUUUGCAAUAAAGCUAUGCCUAUCCGGUCAGCACAAUUUUGUUCAUACCUGACAAAAUUAUUGAGGUAUAUGUACCAUGCAGUGUUUUGGGUGGUAAAAUUUCCAUUUACAACUUUUACUUUUUCUUUGCUGUUUUGUAGCCUAAAGUAAGCACGGCAGAUUGCGACAAAAAUACUAACUGAUUCUGAAGUGCAGCAGGAAAUGAAAAAUGCUAGGCAAUUCAAUCAAGGCACUUGGAUGAAGAUGCCUUUUUGCCAAGACGGCAGAUGAACUGAAAAAUUCCUGGAAAGCGCAGUAUUUGAUAUUUCUUCACUCUCAUGGAGUGUUGUUUUUUUGUCUCUUCUUAUUUUACCUCACUUACCCAUGUUCAAGAUGAUGUAAAAACAUCAUGCCAACAUACCUAUAGGGGUGUAUUUUGAAUCACACCUCAGCUAUUGCCAUAGUUACUAUUGCUUGUUAUGUAAACUUAUGAAUCUGUUAUAAGUAUGUUACUCGGCUUAAGUUUCAAUAAAGAAUUUAUUUAAAUUCUGA